ACCCAAUUCACCUAUAGCGCAUGUGUUUGGACUGUGGGGAAACCGGAGCACCCGGAGGAAACCCACGCCAACAUGGGGAGAACUAGACACAAAAAUGAUUUUAGACAAUGUUUUUCUGCCAUAAUUUAUUUUAUUUUGAAAUAAGAUGUAUAUUGAGAUGUGGUGGAAAUGACAUUUGUUCAUUUUAUGUCUGAAAAAAUGGUAAAUAUUAACAAGUUCUCUUCUUAUCUAAGUUUGUCCUCUUACAGGUCUUAAAACUAGACAAAUUGUUUAAAGUUUUGAGGUGUGUUACGUUAAUUUUUACUUAUUACUUAUUUUUUUACUUAACUUCACAAGGCUAAAAGUGCCCAUAGUUGAAGAAUUGCUCAUAGAACCGCCAUCUACAUUACAUAGUAAAUAAGCUAACGUGUCGUGAACAUCUUUUUAAGUUGACUGCUAUGUACUGUAGGCCUACAUCUCUUUUUGUACUGCUGUGUCAUAAAAAUGUCACUUUUCUUACCAAAGUACCCUUUUUUUUCCUUGGACAAAUCAUGAAAACAUGACUAAGAAAUGUGUGAGUCGUCCUCGAGUGAGUAUGUGGAUCAGUUCAGCUGUCCGGUGUGUUUGGAUCUGCUGAAGGAGCCGGUGACGAUUCCCUGUGGACACAGUUACUGUAUGAGCUGUAUUACUGACUGCUGGAGCCUGAAGGAGCAGGAGCCGCCGUACCGCUGUCCCCAAUGCAGAGAGAGCUUCAGUCAGAGACCUCUACUGAAGAAGAACACUCUGAUAGCUGAGAUGAUGGAGACGCUGCAGAAGACGGCCCUACGGCCUGAUGCUGCUGCGGACUGUGAUGUUUGCACUACAGAGAAGAACAGAGCUGUAAAGUCCUGUCUGCAGUGCUUGGCCUCCUUCUGCCAAACUCACCUGCAACCUCACUAUGAGUCUCCUGCGUUUAUGAAGCAACUAGUGGACGCCUCCAGACACAUUCAGGAGAACAUCUGCCCCAGUCAUGGGAAACCGCUGGAGAUUUACUGUAAAGAUGACCGUCAGUGCAUUUGUUACCUGUGCAUGGUUGACAGUCAUAAAACCCACAAUGUGGUGUCUGUGGAUUCAGAAUGGACUAGUAAAAAGAAAGAGUUGGAGAAGAUGAAGUUGACGUGUGAAAAGCUGAUCAAGGAGCGAGAGAAAGGACAGUGGGAACUCAGCAAAGCUACGAAGCAUCUAAAAAGUUCAGCUGACGAGGCGGUGGAGAAGAUAGAGAAGGUGUUCACUGAGCUCAUCUGCUCUCUGGAGAAGAAACGCUCUGAGAUUAAAGAGCAGAUCAGAGCUCAGGAGAAGACUGAGACAGAUCGAGCAGAGCAACUUCACCAACAUCUGCAUCAAGAGCUGACACAACUCAGAAAAACACAAGCAGAGAUCGAUAAACUGAUCACUACUGAAGACCAGAUCCACUGUCUGAAGAGCUGUGAGUCUGUGUGUGUUUUACCCACAUUUGAAGACGUUCCCAGCUUCACUUCACACACUCAUCUGUCUUUUGAAGACCUUUCAUUCUCAGCAUUCAGAGAGGCUUUAGAGGACGCCUGUCGACAGCAAACAGACGCAAUAAACAGAGAAGUCAUGAAUGUCCACAUUGCUGUAUCUCCAGAACCUAAAAUUCAGCAUGAAUUUUCACAGUAUUUCUGUCAGCUGCAGCUGGACCCAAACACCGCCCACAAUAAACUAAUCCUCUCAGAAGGAAACAGAAGAGCAUCACAUGCAGAUGCAGUUCAGAAAUACCCUGAUCAUCCAGAGAGAUUCGAUGAAUACUGUCAUGUCAUGUGUAGAGAAGGUUUAUGCAGUCGCUGUUAUUGGGAGGUUGAGUGCAUUGGAGACAACUGGUCUGUAGCAGUUUCUUACAGAGGAAUCAGUCGUAAAGGAGAUGGAGAUGACUGCAGACUGGGGUUUAAUAACAAGUCCUGGAGACUGACCCACUGUCGGCAGAGUUUCUACGUCAGACAUAAUCAAAAACAAGUCAACAUCUCUCCUUUCAAAUUCUCUAGAAUAGGAGUGUAUCUGGAUCACAGAGCAGGAAUUCUGUCCUUUUACAGCAUCUCUAAAACAAUGACCCUCAUCCACAAAGUCCAGACCAGCUUCACUGAACCACUAUACCCUGCGUUUGGGAUUGCAGAAGGUUCUGUCAGGAUUAUUGAGCAGAGUAGAAGAGAUAGACCAGUAUAAAAGGGACAGGAUGCCCUUAAAACUACUUGUAUUAUUAGAUAUGUGACGUUAUUGUAUUAAGUUAAACACCUUUAAUGUAUAAAAUGUCAUUUAAUCAAUAAUUUUGGUCUAAUACUAGUGAGGUAAA